AUGUCGAUUUUGCUCCUUCCCAAUGAGCUCCUUAUGCUCAUCGCGUACCAGCUUGAAUGCAAAGACUUGAAUGCGCUGAUCCAGACCAAUCUUUCGCUCUACCGUCGACUCAACCGCUACCUCUACUAUUGGAAUGUAGGGCGCAACGGUUUCUCCGGACUAGUCUGGGCAGCAAAAGUAGGCUCUGUCAGCACACUUCAAUGGUUUCUCGCUGUAGGAGCGGGCCUGGAUUUGGAAUCUAGCUAUUGGGCUUUUACGAAGAGAUCACUUCCUGGAAGCAGCCGACCGCGUUCCACACUGGCGGCAGAUACAUGGACAGACCAUCCUAUAUGUCAUGCAGCGAAAAAUGGCCAUGCAAACUUUGUGCGGAAGCUCAUUGAAUACGGUGUCAACAUCAACUUCAAAGACCUCAACGGACGAAGCCCUCUUUCCUUGGCAGCUCGACAGGGUCAUUUUGCCUUGGUCCAGAUGCUCAUAUCCCUUGGCGCAUGCCAGCUUUCAUACGACCGAUAUCAUCGACGUCCAAUUGCAAAUGCUGCUUCUCAAGGCCAUCAUGUAAUUGCCGAUUAUCUACUCCAGGAGCUUGUCAACUAUUCUCCAGUGCAUUUGAACUAUACCAUCAAAGUCGAUAUUCAGUGGAUGCUUCUAUAUGCGGCAAAAGAAGGAAACGAAAAGCGCGUACGCUCUCUUCUGUCAAAGGGGGCUGAUAUUAACUACCAAUUCAAGGAUGAGAAGUGUACGCCGCUUUGUGGCGCUCUGUCAUUGGCGCCGCGGCCAUUAAGAACUGUUAAGCUUUUGCUAGAUCUAGGUGCAGAUCCGAACAUUACCUUGCCUCCUAAAAGGACUCGGUCAGGUGGCUGGAGGUGGCCAUCAAGUACACCGCUUAGGCUAGCUAUGCUCCGAGAGGAAAGCUUGGACCUGAUCAAAGUCUUGGUCAAAUCCGGGGCAGAUGCCGGACAGUCCAGCUUAGCGUUGUUUGACGCUGUCGCUCUCGAUAAGCCCGCAGAAUUCCAGCUACUAGUGGAUCGACAUGCCGAUAUAAAUGUGCGCCUCGAGCGUAAGCCCCUUGCCGAAUGCAUUCUGCAUAGUACCUGCGAGAAGAUCAAAGAAGCUUUUCAUCAGAGAGACUUUACGGCCACAACACGAGAGCUGGCUCUGCAUCGAGCCCGUGGCCAACCCCUUGGGCGUAGUAGUCGUCGUCGGCGCAGGAAUGAACAGACCGCGGACGAGAGCGCUCUGACAGAACUUGAAGCAGUGAGCUAG